CCCUCCUCGACGCUGCCCGACCAUGCCUACGACACCUUGAAGUUCUCGCCCCGGUCGCCAAUUCACGAGGAGGAAGAGGACUGGGACAGGACUGUACGGAUUGGAGAGGUGGACCCGCAGACGGUACGGCGCAUUGCACACUCGAGAGACUCCUCGUUAGAGGCACUACAGUCCGGCGGGCUUGUUGCGAAAUCUUCGUCGUCACAAUCCCACUCGCCUUCGCGUUUAGGUACGGCAGCGCCUCGCACGGCUGCCGGGGCUAUCUUUGAGCGGACAAUCGACCUGAAGGCUGCUUCUUCUUAUGGCCACCACAGACAGACCUCGAUUGUGCAUGGCAUACAGCAUUCGAGGAAUGGGAGCCACGCCAGUACCUCGUCCAACCCGCUGAGCCCAGAGAUCAUUGCCGCUGCUGGGGCCGCGCUCACCCCAGAACGAGCUGAAAUGCAUCCUUACAGUCGUGGCGAGCCUGAUAGUGCUCCGGCAUCCCGCCCGCCUACAGCCAUGUCAGGUACGACGUUGGGCCCAGGUCAGCUCCCCGAGAGGACAUCGUCUGCGACGGAAGCGAGCACCAAUAGCCGGAAGCUGGAGCGCAUACAUAGUGGUAGGAGGCGCGAUCAUUCGCAUCACCAUUCCCACUCGAGACAUCACAAGGAAGACCAGAAGACUGUCGGGGAGUAUGCUUUGCAUGUUCUAUUCACCUCGUUCAUUGCGCAGGCCGAGGAGAAGUUGAACGACUCCAUCACCGUGCCCUUCGACCCCGAGCCGCAGAUAGAGCAGAUAUGUGGGCCAGGUGUGGACCCUGCUUUCGACCAGAGUAUUUCUGCACUAGGUCAUAUCGCGAGCCUCAAGCCCAAGGCACUCAUCGACUCCAUGAUGCUCUGGAGGAAAAGCAAGAGUGACGCAGCGAACGAUGCCCGUAUGGCGUCCAAAGGCCAAAUGCCGCAUCCAGGUGCCUCCCUGCAGAGGAGGAACACCGAGCCCGUACAGCCCAACGGGAUGGGAGAACACUUCCAGAUCAACGGACAGUCUUUCGCAUCAAAGCACGAGUACGUCGCUCAGGCUGAACGUCGGUCCCUGGUGUCCAUCUAUAUCCUGUGCCGAGUGCUACUAGAAGUGAUACGCCAGAGCACAUUGGCAUCCAUCACACCCGAGAUGGAGGAUAAACUCGAAGGCAUCAUCUUCAGCCAGCUGAAGAUCGCGGACACGGAGCAAUUGAUGCUUUCGCCCCUGAAACUGGCCAAUUGGAAUCUUUUUGCACAGCUGCUAGGAGUCAUGAGCGAGAUCAAUUUCGACAGCGUUGCUGAACGUUUCAUUGCCGAUCUGGACCGUUCCCUCCAAGAGCAUGGCGUUCUCAAAAGCCCGAUAUCUGCCAACCGCGAUGCUACCGAGGGCAAGAUCGAGCUUGUGCUGGGCGGGAUGAAACACCUGAGGCUAAAGAUCAGCCCUCCCGAGGCAUGGGAUCGAACGUGCAAUUUCAUGAUAGCACUGGGCAAGUUGUUCGCCCGGUCGCAUGGGCAGAAGGUCAAGGCGGCGUUUUGUCAGAUGCUCGAGAUGCUCAUGCUCCCUAUCGCCGCGAAGGCGAGCAAUGGCGACUUCAGCAAUCCGAAGUGGGCCGAAGUUCUCGGACACGUCAGUCCACGCCUUGCGCAGAUAUUUGUCAAGCCGCGACACUGGACUUUCGCGUUCCCGCUGACAGCAACCCUGCUUUGUGUCUCGAAUCCGGACACCUUUGGACAACAGUGGCCACAGCUGGUAUAUCCCUUGCAGACGAAAUUCAAGGACCGUUAUUCGAAGCCAAUCUGCCUGCAAGUGCUAUCUCGGCUCGUUUGGACGUAUUUGAUGCGCACAGUUGAUAGCGCAGCCGGGACAGCAAGGAAACUCGACGAGGUCGUCAAGCUGAUUCUGCCCCCGACAAGGCGGUCCAUCCUCGCCAGUGAUCCCCUGGUGGCAGAACCCCUCAUACAGAUCAUCAGGAUCAUUGGCUUUAAGCAGCCAGAAUAUUGUUUCAAGAACAUCAUCUUUCCCCUCGUCAACGCUGACCAAUUCAACUCUGGUAAAGACCUAAAGGUCGACAAUUUAGAUCCGGACAAGAUGGUAAUUGGCAUCAGGGCUUUCCUGGCCAUCAUCUCAGAUCUGGAAAAGGGGGAUGAAGGCUGCCCUCCGUUUCCACUCUAUUACCCUGCCCCGCCAUCACCGCCGGACCGCAUGCCGACCUCACCCAUCAUAGCAUCACCUUCGAUCGGUCUCCUAGCGAGUCCGGCUGCGGCACCCUCUGAUAGAGGAAGUUUGACAGGUCCUGUUGUCAGCCACAAGCUUAGUGAUACCGUCCGAGAGUACUACAACAAAUUCUGUGAAAUUCUGGGCAAGAUCACCAUCAUCUGCGAUAACACCUUUGGCGGACAAGCCACACUCGACGAAAAGUUUGGCAGCCCUGGGCCUAAGACUCCGAUGUCAGAUACCUUUAACUUCCGCAAAGAUGACCAUCAGAGCCCCCAUGAAAUGAAACAGGCCUUCUACGAGCUCCUUCAUGUGGCCGUUCAGGCUCUACCGCGCUGUCUGUCAACAGAUACACCUUUUGAUCCCCUCAUCAACCUCCUGUGCACGGGUACGGCUCACCUGCAGUACAAUAUCGCUGAGUCCUCAGCGCGAUCUCUGAAGGCCAUUGCACGACAGUCUCACGCACAAGCAGUGACCACAGGCUUCUCUCGCUUCAUCUUCAAUUUCGACGACAGAUAUGCCACAAUAUCAGACGGCGGGAUGCUGGGGCCGGGCCACAUCGAGAACACCCUGAGGCUCUACGUCGAGCUGCUGCAGAUCUGGAUUGAGGAGAUCCAGCGGCGACACAAGCAAGGCGUUGCAGAGCCGGGCGAGACCAAUGGGGCUGACAAGAGGGGCUUUCAGCUCGGCCGGCCUGGCAUUUGGGAGGAUGUCAGUCAGAUCGAGGCGCAUGGCCUGUUUUUCCUCUGCUCUCAGACUCGGACCGUCCGUUACUUCGCUAUCACCGUCUUGCGACUGAUUACAGAAUUUGAUACGGCACUCGGGAAGUCGACGAGUGAAGAGAAAGACACUUUGAGACUGAUCGAUAUCCUUGAGAAUGAUUCCAUGCAGGUUAUGAGCUUCAAAGAUGAUCAGCUGUCAGUAGCCGAGCGCAGUCGCAUACAGAGGGGCAUACAGCACAACAAUAACCAGGGCGCGCUGAUCGAGCUUUGUACAAGUGACGCUUCUUACGACACGACCCUAUGGUUUCAAUUGUUUCCUAACCUCAUCAGUCUUGCUUACAAGCAAUGCCGGACGACGGUCACAAUCGGGCGUCAUCUGGUGUGCAAUCGCAUCCUUCAGAUGUACAAAGCAAUCACACUGCUCUCGGAACCUUCCAGGGGCUUAUACUACGGAUCCGAUCCUGGCAGUGCCCGUUUUGUUGGACGCACGCCUACAACUCAACCUGAGGUCUUGGUCGAGCAGUGGAAGUUGUUUUUGAUCUUCGCCUGCACGACGCUGGCGGAUCCUGAGAACCCACGGGCUGAUCCCUUCUACGGGAAUUCGCACCUGCACAAUGGCUCAUUUGUCGUCUCAACCGAUAAGAUCCUCUCGGCGCGGACCUUGUUUAAAUACCUCAACCCCCUGCUGUCUGUCUCGUCAGUGUCUGUCAGGGAGGCCGUGGUCACUGCAAUGGGCUCGAUCAAUAUCCACGUCUUCCGCACGCUACUCGAGGAACUGCAGGGACAUACUACUCGCUGCAACGAUGAAGCCAGAGCUCGCAUUCACCAGCGGGCGACUAGCAGUCCUCGUCGGAACCGGAGGUUGGAUCUCUUGAGGACCGAGAUCACGCACGUGUACAAGCUCACGGCGCACUUCUUGAAAGAGCCCGAGGCGAACCAAGACGACUGGCUUGUCAAUAACAUCGUCACGUACGCCAAAGAAUUGAAGAUAUUCCUCAUGGACGAAAACGUCCAGAUGGACUGGGACUUUCAAAAGCUGCGGCGGCAUUACUGUGGCUUGAUGGAGGAGCUGUUUGAGGGUCUCAACACCACAGCCGACCCGUCGAGAUGGGUUUCCUUUGAAGCUCGUAAAUCUUCCUUCGCCCUGAUGGAAGAAUGGUGCGGGUUUUCUCCCAAUCAAUCUCAGAUCGCCCAGAGACAAGACAGUAUGGCUCGCUCCGUAAUGAACCAGCAAAACAUGGGCGAGAGAAACACAACGUCACCAGCGAUGGAGAUCGAGAAGCGCAAUCUGAGGCAAGCGGCCCUGAGUGCCAUGGCUGCGCUCUGUGCAGGCCCCGUGAGCGUCACAACCGAAAGUGGUGCCGUCUUACAAUUUGACGUUCGGCGAAUGCUGGCCUGGAUCGAGACGAUUUUCAGCAACGGCAAUGACCGGGCAAAGCUUAUUGGCAGACGUGCCCUGAAAAACGUGAUCGUCUACAAUCAGGAGUUUCCCUACCUUUUGGAACAUUGCGUCUCUCGGUGCUAUCUGACUGAUGUUCCCAAGGUACUCGAGAGCUACUUCGCUGUGGUUACAGAGGUUCUUCUGGAUUACAAAGAUUUUCCCUCACCCUACUGGAAACUUCUUGGCCUUUGCCUUUUCACACUUGGUAACGAUCAAAGCGAGAUCAGAACUAGAUCUGCACAGGUACUUCAGGGCAUUGAGGAACGCCACCUGCAGGCCAAGCCCUCCAAGAUUCGAGACUUUGACAUCAGCAUCUCCGACAAGACCAAAGCUGUCUACAAGCUCGCCCAAUUCAAGAUAUCCGAGAGGCUCUCGAAACAACAUGCGGAAUUGGCAUUUUAUCUCUUCUCCGAAUUUACGUUCUAUUUCAAGGACUUGCAGCCUGUCAACCAGAGGAGCGUCAUUGCCGUCAUUUUGCCUUGGAUUCAGUCGGUCGAGCUCAAGGUCGACCCGAACGGCGGACCAACAGGACAGUCCUACGUUCUAUUGGCAAACCUGCUCGAGAUCACAAUCAAGUCAAGUGCGGCGCUUCACAACGAAGUGCAAGCCCUCUGGCAAGCUCUUGCAACAGGUCCUUACCCUGGCAAUGUUCGUCUCGUGUUGGAUUUCAUCAUGCAAUUGUGUCUCGAGCGCCGAGAGCAGAAUUUCGUCGAGUAUGCUAAGCAAAUUGUGGUGUUUCUGGCUAGCACAAGCAGCAACCCUGGUCACAAGGUAGUGGAAUUCCUGCUCCUGCAGAUCAAUCCCAAAGCAAUGGUACCACAUGAAAGACGGGAGGCGAUGGCUCCUCCGUCAGACGCCGGUCAUUUCCCGUACUGCGCGGACUUGAGCGAUGCUCUACCGGUUGGGACCAAGCAAGCCGGCUUCUCGUUAGGUCAACUCUCGCUGAUCCUACUCGUUGACCUCAUGGUGUCUCCUGUCAACCUGCAGAAGGAGAGCAUACCGGUCCUCCUGCAAGUCGUCUCUGUUCUGUGGGAUCAUUACACGCCUCUGGUCCAGGAUCAAGCACGAGAGAUGCUGGUCCACCUCAUUCACGAGUUGGUCAUCUCGAAGCUUGAUGAUGACACUCCCGAGAAGACCAAGAAACCCAUCGAGGAUCUCAUCGAGUUGAUCCGACGGCAUGAUCGCUCGGUUGUCUGGAGCUACGAAGACAGCAAUGGCAAAGUCACCGACCACGAUACCAAGGUUCCGCCGAGCAUGGAGUUUCUCGCCACCAGAGUCGUAGAGACUUUCGAGCUUACCUUUCCCGGCAUCAAGGAACAGUGGGGUCGCUUGUCCCUUACCUGGGCCACGACGUGCCCUGUUCGCCAUCUGGCUUGCCGUUCCUUCCAGAUAUUCCGGUGUAUCCUGACUUCACUGGAUCAGUAUAUGCUGGGCGAUAUGCUUGCCAGGCUGUCAAACACGGUGGCUGAUGAAGAUGCUGAGAUACAGUCUUUCGCGAUGGAGAUAUUAACUACGCUGAAGACGCUUAUUGCUAAGCUGGACGCCGAGCAGCUGACCAACUUCCCGCAGCUCUUCUGGACUACAUGCGCGUGCAUGGAGUCGAUCAACGAGCUGGAGUUUCUUGAGUCGGUGAAGAUGCUAAACGAGUACAUGGACAAGGUUGACUUACAGCAGGCUUCCACGAGGCGACUGCUUACCGAUGGCCAGCCUGCCAAGUGGGACGGCCAAUUUGACGGAUUGCAACCUCUUCUGUACAAGGGGCUCCGAUCGUCUGUCUGUCUGGAUGCCACCCUCAAGACUAUCGACAGGAUCGUCUGUCUGCCCAGUGACCCACUGGUGGGUGGCGACGACCGUAUCUUCUUUGCUGUCAUAGCGAACCUGCCUCGAUUUCUCCACGCGAUGGAGCAGAGUGUCCCGGCGGAGGAUGUGGUCCAAACAGCCGAGAAUUUAUUACAAGUCGCUCUCGCCCAGGGCCUGUCAAGCUUGGCUAUGGUGCUCGACGGAUACCUGUCACGACGUCACGAGACAGCAAAGGACUUCACCAUGCAGACACUCGCCGCCCUUCAGGAGUUGUUCCUGCCACAGCUCAACUUCGCAAUGAUAACAACUCUGAUGGGCAUGCUGACCAACAGACUAGCCUGGGUCAAGAUCAACACCAUGCAUGUCCUUCGCGUCAUCAUCCCCGAGAUCGACAUGCGAAAACCCGAAAUGGCUGGUCACGGCUCCGAUCUCAUCUCGCCCCUUCUGCGCCUCUUACAAAGCGAAUACUGUAUGGAGGCCCUCAGUGUCCUCGACAACAUCAUGACCAUGUCCGGCUCGUCCAUGGACAAGCACCACCUGCGCAUGAGCAUGACCCGGCCAACCUCCAAGGCCGUUCGCAAAGAGUAUGAGCGCACUCAGAGCCUAUUCGGCAUACCUGAGGACUCUGGAUGGGCGAUACCGGUGCCCGCCAAGAAGACAGAUUCAACUCGUGCCAAUAUCCACGCUGCGUUCUACAUGUGCCAGACCGAGGGCGGCAUGAUCGUCGAGGCGACGCCGACACCAGAGGUGGAGUUCCACGCAGAUGAAUUCCCCUACGGGUACUUCCCUGCCUCGGACCGGACAGACACGAUGAUGUCUGACGAGGGUCGUGGGGAUGGUGAUCUGGUGUCAAAACUCGACAGUCUUGAUGAUUUCUUCGACGAUAUCCCCCACAGUCCGCCCAGCGAUGGACGCUCCUCUCGCACCAUCACCGAGUACGCGCCCGACUCUUUCGAGUCGCGCUCGCUCUAUGAUGAGCAGGUCCUGCCCAUCCUCAGCAUGGCUGGCAACGAGAACAAUACCUCUUUCCAGAACGGCUUCGCCGAUAACAGACCGAUGCUAGGUGUGCGCGAGGGUGCGAACAACACGAUGAACCCUGGGGCGUUUGCCUCGCCGACUCGUCCCGGCCUUCAUUCGCGGUCCAUCACUUCGCCGUCGGCGCCAAGUUCCUAUCAACCUACUUUCGCAUCUGAUGACGAGCUCCUCGAGGACGUCUUCUCUGAUGCCGAGGACAGCGCUGGCAUGCCUGGACACAAUGAGAGCAGUUUCUUUUUGGAGAAUAUGGUCAGGCAGCCGCCGAACCAAAGUCGGUCUCGCGUGCGAGGCCUCACAGGCGGAAGGUCUCUGGAGGCACUGCCGGAGUGGGGAAGGCCCAGUGGUCGCGACCCGGUCCCUCGAAUGCCCGGUACUUACGUGCCCAACACGCCACACAGUGACAUGCUUUGAAGAUGACGAGAGAUGAAGACGACGUGAAAGAUGAAUUUUAUUUCGGGAUGGGUUUGAUUCUAUCUAGCAUUAUGAUAUCCAGGUGGGAAGACGGGUGUGCAUACAGAUGAUGUACGGACUAUGUUUUUGCUGGCCUGAGUAGAUAAUUGUAUGCAUGGUGAUAUUGGAUACAACGGAUGUAACAGUUCUCACUGGGGACGGCACGACCAAGUGGCAUGCAUGCACUUGUUCCCGAACUCCUUUGAGUCCGAUGAACGACUUUGACGUACAAGAGUGAGGCGUACCUGUUGCGGACAUUUUUAUCACAUCUUCUUGCGGGGAGCAUUAGCAUAAUUCAAUGAAUGUAGUGUGU